UUCACAAAGCCGCCACACACGAGAGUUACAAGGUUUUAAAAUAGUGAAAAUAACCAAAGCAACUGUUUGGUAGUUUUAAGAUACAAUGAAUUGCAAUCAAGGUCAUGCAAUGUGAACUUGAAGCAUGAAAGGUGACUUUCAGCUGUUGUGAUCUCGUGUUGUUUUUAUAAUCAAGCAUUCAAGUGUUUGAGGCUAGUCAAGAAAAGUAAACAUCUUUUUCAUAAAUGGGCCGCUGUCUCCGCUCCCCAAUUCCAUGGAAUAGUUUAUUCGGAAGACGCUGCUAUUCAAAGCUUCUCCCUUUCCAUUCUAUUCCUUCCCCCAAAGGACUCCCAUUGGUAGGCACAUUAUGGGAUGUGAUCCGUGCCGGUGGUGUAUCACAGAUUCAUCUCUACAUUAAUGAAAGACAUCGCCAAUUAGGGCCGAUUUUCAGGGAAAAGUUAGGCCACGUUGAAGCUGUCUGGCUAGCCGAUCCCGCGCUUUACCAACAGGUCUUCCAAGCUGAAGGGGCAUAUCCUCGACCUAUGCUUCCCGAACCAUGGACCAUCUUCAACAAAAGACAUUCUUAUAAAAGAGGCCUCUUUUUUAUGCAAGGAGAAGAAUGGUUACACUACAGGAAGAUUUUAAGUCCACUUCUACUAAAAAUGGCUACGCUCCAUCGUCAUUUGGAUACUUUUUACGACGUGGCUGACCGAUUACUCGAUCAGUGGAGCCAAAAGGAAAACGGUACACUUGAUAACCUCGAACGUGACCUGUAUUGUUACUUCGUGCAGGGUUUAAUGUGUGCCACUUUCGGUCGUACCGUUGGAUUGGAUCAAGAAAUGGUUCAAAGUCAUGUUCCAGAAAUGGCCCACCAUUUACAGCGUUUGUUCGAGAGUAGUGCUCGCCUAACGCUCCUUCCUCCCUCUUUGGCUGCUAAAUUAAAUCUUGACGCGUGGCAAUGCUUUGAGCAAUCCGCGCUAAAGGCCUUAGAAAUAGCUGACCGACUAACGCAGUCAUGUCUGGAGAAAUUUCCAUCCGAUAACGACGAUAGCGAAGAAGUUAAUGGUUGUAUUGUUUCAUGCCUGAGGCAGCAAACAGUGAGUCAAGUUGACAUUCAACGCAUUGUAACUGAUUUGUUCUUGGCAGCAGCUGAUACGACAUCACAUACGACACAGUGGGUUCUUUACUUACUGGCUCAACAUCCAGAGGUGCAAGAAAAAGCUUUCAAGGAAAUAGCAUCGAUUCAGCCGACCGAGGGAAGAUUAGGCAGCGAAUGGCAACAUAUCCCUACGAUAAAAGGUUCUGUUAAAGAAGCUUUACGCCUCUAUCCAGUGGCUACGUUUCUCACUCGUUUGUUACCGGAAUGCAGUGUCAUCGGAGAUUACGACAUCCCACCAGAGACUUUAGUGCUCAUGUCAAUCUUCACGAGUGGUCGAAAUGAUCGUUAUUUUUAUAAUGCGGAACAGUUUUUACCAGAACGAUGGAAUCGCCAGGCGUCGUCAAACGAUAAUAUGGUGAUGAACCAUUUUGCUUCAUUACCAUUUGGCCAUGGCAGAAGAUCUUGCAUAGGCCGCCGUUUGGCCGAGGCUCAGAUUUACAUUUUACUUUUUAGAGCGCUACCAAGAUUUACAUUACAAACGGUGAAUCAUGUAAAAAUGGUUAUGCGACUUUUGGGCACAGUCGAUCAACCAGUUCGACUGCGUUUACGACCUCGCUCUUAACUUUUUCACCAUUUUAAAAUAAAUCAAUAAACUACAA